AUGCUUAACGUACAACUUCAUCAUCUACGCCAAACUCAGCCUCUCCUAACCUCCCACCCCAAUCUCCCACCAUUCACAACCGUCCACUCCACUUCAUUCCCAAUUCGCUCACCCAAAUCAAUGGUCCCAAUUCACUUUCAAAAGCCAUUGAUUUACGGGACAACAAUAAAAUGUAUGGCAAAGCCAAGAAGAGUGAAAAUGGUAGCUAAACAAAUACAAAGAGAGCUAUCUGAUAUGCUUUUAACUGAUAAAGUGUUACAGUAUGCUAUUUUGCCUGAAGCUGCUUUAGGUGCUGAUAGGUACCUGUCUUCUCUCACAACCAUCAGUGACGUUGAAGUUUCUGCUGAUUUGCAGGUGGUUAAGGUGUUUGUAUCUGUUUUUGGAGAUGAUAGAGGGAAGGAGGUUGCAAUUGCUGGGUUGAAGUCGAAAGCUAAAUAUGUGAGGAGCGAGUUGGGGAGACGCAUGAAGUUGCGGUUGACACCAGAGGUACGGUUUAUAGAAGAUGAAUCUUUGGAAAGAGGAAGCAGGGUGAUUGCACUAUUAGAUAGGAUAAAAGCUGAGAAAGAUACUGCAGAAAUUGAAGGCGACAUGCUCUCUGACCCAUCUGACCCAAUCCAAGAUGACAAGAAUUGGGGGGCAGCCGCCGAGCUUGUCCACAGGGCAGAGAUCAUAAUCAUAAUGCUAACAUGGACAGAAGCAAGUCUUCCCCACUUUCACCGCCAUCUAAUUGAAUCAGAGACAUGUAAAAAGACAUCCCAAAAGGAUUUCCUUUCAAAGUUUGAGAAGAAUGUCGAAGAAGAGACCUUUUUACUGGCAAGGGAGUAUCCAAAUGGAAUCGUCAAAGUAGAAGUUAAAAUGUCUCAUGUUGAAACUAAUACUGGUAGCAGCUCUGAUGCUCCGAAUGGUGAAGCUGAAAGUGACAACGACGACGAUAGUGAUGAUUCCAACAAUAAUUCUGGUGAUUAUACUGAUCAGGAGGAUAGUCAGGAGUUAUCAGAAUCUGGAAGCAGUUUAGAACUUAAUGCUACAGGUUCCUCAGAAGAAAUUUCAAUUCAAUCCUCGACAAUUAAGGAGAAAAAUAAUUCUGCAGAUAUUGUUGAAGGACAAGGCUUCUGCAUGAAGCCUAUCAAUGUAGACCGCAGCCUUGCCUGGUACGAGAACAACUCUUAG